CAGCCUCGGGGCCUGACGGGAUUGUGGCGGUCUUCUCUCCCAACUCGGAAGCUGCGGCUAUCUCCAGACGCUUUCAAGAUGGCGACCUCUCUGGGUUCCAAUACCUACAACAGGCAGAACUGGGAGGAUGCGGACUUCCCUAUUCUGUGCCAGACGUGUCUUGGAGAAAACCCAUAUAUCCGAAUGACCAAAGAAAAGUACGGGAAGGAAUGCAAAAUCUGUGCCAGGCCAUUCACAGUGUUCCGCUGGUGCCCCGGGGUCCGCAUGCGUUUCAAGAAGACUGAAGUUUGCCAGACCUGCAGUAAAUUGAAGAAUGUCUGUCAGACCUGCCUCUUGGACCUAGAGUAUGGCUUGCCCAUCCAGGUUCGUGACGCAGGAUUGUCUUUUAAGGAUGACAUGCCAAAGUCUGAUGUCAACAAAGAAUACUAUACACAGAAUAUGGAGCGAGAAAUUUCUAACUCUGACGGAACACGGCCAGUUGGCAUGUUGGGGAAGGCCACAUCCACCAGUGACAUGCUGCUUAAACUGGCCCGGACCACACCCUACUACAAAAGAAAUCGACCCCACAUUUGCUCCUUCUGGGUGAAAGGAGAAUGUAAGAGAGGAGAGGAGUGUCCAUACAGACAUGAGAAGCCAACAGAUCCGGAUGACCCCCUUGCUGAUCAGAACAUUAAAGACCGAUAUUAUGGAAUCAAUGACCCUGUGGCAGAUAAACUUUUAAAGCGGGCAUCAACAAUGCCUCGUCUGGACCCACCAGAGGACAAGACUAUCACCACACUGUAUGUUGGUGGUCUGGGCGAUACCAUUACUGAGACAGAUCUAAGAAAUCACUUCUACCAGUUUGGAGAGAUCCGGACAAUCACUGUUGUGCAGAGACAGCAGUGUGCUUUCAUCCAGUUUGCCACAAGGCAGGCUGCAGAAGUGGCUGCUGAGAAGUCCUUUAACAAGUUGAUCGUCAAUGGCCGCAGGCUCAACGUGAAAUGGGGAAGCUCUUCCUCCUCCUCCUGCCGCAGAAGAAGAGGCCUCAGCCAACUACUUCAACCUACCCCCCAGCGGUCCUCCAGCCGUGGUGAACAUCGCCCUGCCACCCCCACCUGGUAUUGCCCCGCCCCCACCCCCAGGUUUUGGGCCACAUAUGUUCCACCCAAUGGGACCACCCCCUCCUUUCAUGAGGGCUCCAGGACCAAUCCACUAUCCUUCUCAGGACCCUCAGAGGAUGGGAGCUCAUGCCGGGAAACACAGCAGCCCCUAGCACAUUAUCACCACUCGGGGGCUCUGUGGAAGAGAGGGCGCUUAAAAAUCCCAGUAAAUGAAUCUUGGAAUAAAUAUAUUUUUCCCUCCUUUGUAGUUUCCACGAUAGCAGAAUGUAUUCAGAUGUGGGCAGUUGGAGAACAACAGCCAUGCUUUCCUACAUGUGCUCAAAGGAUUGAUGGACCUGAAAUAAGCUGCCAUUAACACAUCUGGUUACUACUAUAACAUUACUAAUAAAGCUUAAUGCCUCUUCCCCUUACCUGUGUGGGGAACAAGCAAUUGGGUAAAUUGGAAUGUCCAGCGGAGUUACCAUCCCAAUUAAAUGUUCAUUUUGUAUCUUUUCUGGGGGGAAAAAGUUGACCUGCAGUAAAAAGACAAACAACUUUGACCAUUUUUAUGUCCAUUGGAUAUUUUCCUUUUUAUCAUCUAAAAAAAGAUUACUAGUACUAAUCAUUGUAGUGGCAAGAGUGUGAUUUAACACUUCUAAAGUCACUCUCAGAAAGACAAGUAGAAGCCAGCACCCAGCACAGCCCAGGUCUUUCCUCAUCUCUCCUUUCCUCAUUUAUUCCUAAAGGGAUCUGGCUGAUAGUUUUACUUCUUUAUGCUACCAAAAAAAGACAAAGAUAAAAAUUACUUUUUAUUCCUGUCAAUCAGAUGGAAACAAAUGUCAUGGGGCUGUGUAUCAUUGAAGAAACUUGGUGUCUAGGAUGAAAUUAUUUUAAAGAACUUCCAGUAAAACACUUGAACAAACUGUGAAAGGAAAAGAAUUAGAAUGUGUUUGAAUGGAAGACUUGUGACCUAUAGCUGGAACUUUGACCUUCAGCAUUCACCUUUGUGUGACUUCAGUGUCUCAUUUUAAUUCCCUGCUUCUGGGCAGGGGACUCCGGUCUUAGAAUAUUUGGAUAUAACUGAAUUGUAGAUGGCAAAAAAAAAAAAAAAAAAAAAAUUGAUGUUGUGUUGUGGUUUUGUUUUUAAAAAAUUAAAACGGGUCAAUU